CUUAGCAACAGAGGCAACAUGGCGGCGUCCAGUAACUCUGAGCAUUCUCCAGAGAUAUCGACGCCGUUAAAGAUACCGAAAACCGAGGUGCCAUCCCCUGAGUCGGAGGAUUUGAGUGACAGUAACCAAUACCACUCCAAUCCCUCGACACCUAACCGCUUUUCGCCUUUGAACGUGGGCUCAGGGACCGCGGGCCGGACGGCGGCCUCAUCCUCCUCCAACAGCUUCACGGCUUGCCGGGGGAUGUCGUGGACUCCGUCGGAGACAAACGCCCUCAUUGCGGUCUGGGGCAACGAGAGGCUGACGGAGGCGAGGAUGCAGCAGCUGGAGGUCGCAGGCACCGUGUUCUCCGGUAAGGCCCCCGGUCCUGCCAUGUACGAGCGGGUGUCCAGAGCCUUGUCGGAGCUGGGAUACGAGAGGACCCCCUCGCAGUGCAGGGAGAGGAUGAAGACACUCCGGCGCUGCUACAGCCGUGUGAAGGAGCAUGGUAUCGGCAAAAGGAAGAGCAGCUACACUAUAGAGCAGCUGGAGAAGGUGUUUGGUCAGGGAGGCUGGGACUCCCAGAGCUGUGCCCCAGUGCUGAUCAACAGCAGUGGGCUGUAUCAGGAGAUGGAGUCUGAUGGCAGCACCCUGGAAGACUUCUCCCAGGAGGACUGGUGCAACCAGGUGCUGGAUUCAGCUUUCCAGGAGGGAGACAUGGAGACUGAAGAAAUCCAGGUGCCUAAAAACAGAGCUCUACAGAUUCAAGCAGAGCUGUCAGAACAAACCCAAAAGAGGGACAUGAUGCAGACUGUGAUGCGUAUCCUUGAGUCAGUGGAGCUGAAAUGGGAGCACUUCCAAACGUGGACUGAGUUUUCACGGCUGCACCUCUCCAACAAACUGGCGAUCUUUGGCGUGGGCUACAACACGCGCUGGCGCGAGGACGUGCGUUACCACUACGCUGAAAUCAGUUCGCAGGUGCCGCUAGGCAAGAGGCUUCGUGAGUACUUCAACCCAGAGAAGCCCGAGGGCCGCAUCAUCAUGACCAAAGUUCAAAAGAUGAACUGGAAGAAUGUCUACUACAAGUUCCUGGACAUUACCAUCAGCGAGGCUCGCUGCCUGGAGCUGCACAUGGAGGUGGACUGGAUCCCUGUAUCCCAGUCCAGGGCAUCAGGCUGCAGCAAAGGCACAUCCCACUACCUCCUUCCUGGGGACAUCCCCAAGGCGUAUGGACUCUACGCUGUUGGCUAUGAAGCCGUGUUGUCCUCUAACGACAACGCUCAGACCUCUUCCCAGGGUGACAGCGAAGACCAUAGCUUACCUCAGUGCGAGUCAGAAAACGGGGCUCAAAGUCUGGUUGAUGGAGAAGGAGCAGGGCAGGGUGACAGGACUGGGGCUAAAGUCACUUACUGCUACUUAGGCAUAGCUGAGGAUAGGACCAUACAGCAGUGUCUCUUCCAGCACUUUCAGGGUUCAGGCAAACACUAUGUCCAUAGCGAGCUCUCCGCUGUGACGCGUUUCCUGGGGGAGAACUGCCGCGGUGGUGUCACGCGUCAGGAUGGUGAGAGAGGUGAAGACUCAUCUCAGCGUUUUGCCAUUUACAUAAAAUUCAUUGAGGUGGAGCUGGACUUCCUCUCAGCAGGGUCCUUGGUGGAGUGCCUCGAAACUGCUGUGGGUUAUUCCUUGAAAUACAACAACAAAAAAACAUCAUAACUCCAUACUAUAACAGUGUUACUGAUUUGUAUUCACUAAAGAUAUCAUUAACAAGUUUUGCCGCCAGCAAGGCAACCUGAGAGGUGAGCAGUUCUGUUACAAAGCACGGAUGUGUCCAAGACUCUGGCCUAUUUUUGCAGUCUUUUCAGCUCUUUUGAACUGACUUUUCAUUAGAUCCUUGUUACGUCUAAAAGGGAUUUAAGUGCACAAUAUGUCAAAUAUAUUGAGUAUAGACAUGGGAACAGUAGCUUAACUGUUGCAGAACUGCAACAUCCAAGAAGUAUGUACUUAUUAUUUUAGGCUAAUGUGCACUACAAAGGUUUUUCUGCUGCUUGUUUAGUGUAGAUAAAUGUUGCCUCAUCAGGGAGUCUGGGGUUGGCAAGGUGACUACUGCAGUAUGCAUCUGUCUACCUCAGUAGGAUGUAGCAAACAAGGCAGUGAGGGGACCAUAGUGUGUAUUUAUUCUUAAACUGCCUUUACUUUGACUGUUGAGGUGUGGACCUGAAUUCACAAAGCAUCUAAGUACUGGUUGAUUUGUCUUGUGUUUUGCACGUGUGACUGGGCUGCAGCUAGAAAUGCCUUCAUGCAAAUUAGGGACAAAAAGCAAAGAAUCAUUAUUGGCCAACGUGGAUACCUGUUGGUCCGCCAGAGUGAACAUCAGAUGCACUCUGUAAUCCGACUGGCAUGGGAGCGGCCUUUGCCGGUUGAGCGUGGUUUUCACUCCAUUUCAGCACACGAAACAACACAGGCCGCUUUAGCCAACCCAUAACGAUGGUGCUCAGCAGCAACACCUACAAGCUGUAAAAAGAUGAAAUUGAAGUCACAGCAUCUUUACCACCUGCUGCUGUUUAAUUAUAAGCUGACCUCACUGUGCCGCCUGCACUCCAUUUAACCAUGUUUUUCGCCCUUGCCCUUAUGUUAGAAAAACAGCACGGCGGUAGGACUAAACGGAGCACACAUGUAAGCUGUUGUGGUUAUGUGUUUAGCUCUCUUAUUGACCCUGCUGCCUGAUUGUUUCUAGCUCGAAUGCACAUUCAAAUGCUUGGCUACGUUGGUAGUAUUCAGAGUUUUGCUUGCUGCACAAGCACAAUCUGUUGGAGACAGCAUUGAAUUUUGACUUUGCUAAAUAUUUUGAAAUACUGCCAGAUCAGAAAGGACAUUACUAAUCAACUUCGUAUGUGGUUUUGGUGUCAGGUUGUCAGCCAAAAUGAGAAAUCACUGAUAAUAAUACACAGGACAGUAAAUAUACUAUAAGCCAAUAUGUAUUGGUGGUCAGUACUUUGGAGCAUCUCUAGCUGCAGUUCAGGGGUUGUGUGUCUCAGUAUAUAGCUGUGUUGACGAGUUACCAGCACCUCCCAGAUACUGGUAUUUCAAAUGCACCAGUCUCACAGAUAACGCACAGUCUGCAGGUGUUUGUGAUAAUCUGCUUGUGCGCAGGUACAAACCAGGCCGAAGAGCACUGAUCUGUGACUUGUAGUCAGGUUAAGACUAUAAACUGCAGAGGUUAACUCACUUUUGACCAAUAAUCAAACUGAAUGAUCAUGAUUCUUGAGGUUAUGUGCAAUGUGCCAGGAAAGACUGUGUACAGAAAAAUCAAACAAUGGAGAAGUCCAUAUUGAAUCUAUGUAUAUGAAAUCGACCUUAUAUAUCUAAAAUAUAUAUUUAAGAAUAUCAAUGUUCAUGAGCAUUCCGGCUUUUGCAAACUUGCAAUGUUCAUUUGUUCGGGUAUACAGUAUAUAAAGAUAAAUAUGAUAUUUUCUAUUUUAUUGGUUGACAAAAUGUCUUGUAUGUGAUUGUUUUUAAGUCACUGUCGUGUAUGUUUACAUGUUUGAAAAACAAUAAAUGGGGCAG